AUGGCUGUUGGUCUAAUCCCAUCAAAAGUCAGGUCAUUCUUCCGCCGGCUCUUGGAGAAGAGAAGAAGAAGAAGAAAAGCAAGCAACUGUUCUUCGCCGCUCGAGAACGAGAAGCCGAAACACGAGUCGGCGUCAGCUCCUGCUCAAAAUGCCAGCGACAAUACUGCCGUGCCGGACUCGCAGCUCGCGAGCCCCUUUCUCUCCUGGUUGCCCAUAGAGGUCCGGCAGAUGAUAUACGGACUCGUCUGGAACGGCCCCUAUGAUCACAAGUACCAUAACCCCCGUGGACGCCAUGUCCAUUUCCAGGACGGCCACUGGACUAAUACGCGAUGUGUCAUGUAUGAGGAUGAUGAGAACUUGGAUUUUAUACAGAAUAAUAUGGACAAAAUCCAUAGUUCAGGAAAAGGUGACCUCCUCAUGUGGCAAAGGAGGCUCUCAUCAACGUGGGGCUGCCGCCACUGGAGGUGCGAGGAAAGAGUCCGAUAUGGAAAGCCAACAUCGAUAGACCGUACGAAUUUCAUGUCUAUGAUGCUCGUCUGCAAACGGAUGUUCCCCGAAGUCACAUCCUCAAUCCUCGAAUCCCACCAGCUCAUCUUCACCGACCUCUUCUCCGCGCACCGCUUCUUCGUCUCCCCUUCCCCCUCCACAUCCCCCUACCUCUCCCGCAUCCGCCACCUCGACCUCUCCCUCACCCUCCCCUUCUACGAAUACGCCCCCUUCACCCUCGACCCCCCCAGCAGCAACAAGAGCCGCGUCCGCGAGCUCGGCGACGCGCUGCGCCGCCGCAUCGCGUGCCUCCACUCCCUGCGCGUCGCGCUCGACGUCUACGACCGCGGGCCCUGGCGCAAGAUCCCCGAGCGCGCUGUUGUCGCGCAGUUGCGGGGUCUGAGUCUGAGUCUGAGGAGGGGGGGUGGCUUCACGCUGGAGUUGCCGCCGGAGCUGGCGAUUAAGGUGCAUUUGCCGAAUAUGCAGGGUCUGGACGAGGACGAGGAUGGGGAUGGGGAUGGGGAUGGGGGAUGGGGUGGUUUCAGGGUGGUGAGGCGCCCGCGGUUGAGGUACUGGCAAUUUGUUCCGGGGGAGGUGGAGAGGUUCACGUGGAAGGUGGAGGGGCGGGAGAAAGGGGGGAGGGGGAGGGAGAGGGGGGGAGAGGGCCAUUGCUAUAUUGCGCUGGAGGGGGGGCAGAGGGAUAUUGCGAAUCCGUACUUGGUGGAUUUCUUCGCGAGAGGGUGA